UGUAUAGUCUCACAUACCGAUAGAAUGGAUGAGAACAUAACCUGUAACAUUGUGCGCACUAAGAAGAAGAGGAAAGAUGCUCGUAAGCUUAGGAAGGAAGCUCCUCAAGAGUUGCGUAAAAAACAAAAAGAAUCAACAUCUAAGAACACUAUACCUAAAUCAACCGAUGGAGAAAUGUCUAUGGUGCGUCUAUUACGUGAGAUUCCACAACGGAUACCAUUCCAAGGCAAACCGUCAAAGAAGACGUUUUCAGUAGCUUUGCCCGUUUCAAUUCUACAAAAUAUUCAAACUGAUGAAUUAAGGGCAUAUAUCAUUGGUAACAUCGCCCGCAGUCUAACUAUCUACGGUAUCCAUGAAGUUGUAAUAUACAACGACUUAGGUGCCGAGGAUAUUGAUUGGCAAGAAUAUUUUGCCAUCAACUUACGGUAUUUAGAAACACCGCAAUACUUAAGGAAAUAUAUGUUUCCGAUAGUUCCACAUUUGCGAAACACUGGAUUGCAGAAUCCACUGGAUGCUCCGCACCACCUCAGGAGCAACGAAUGGUUACCAUAUAGAGAAGGCGUAGUUAAGUUAGAAGAAAAAAGUGCAUCUUUAUCAAUGGGCAAUCUAGAUAUGAUGGUUGACUGUGGUUUAUUUGGUCGUAUAAAAGUAGAUAACCCAGAAGCAUUAUCGGAAAUAUACGGUGUAGAACGCUUCUGUCUAGAUAAUGAAGACAGCGUUUAUCAGCGUGUUACAGUGAUGCUAGAUGCUAACUCUCUACGUGAAUGUAAACGUAGAUGGAAGGAACAAUUAAAUGGACCAUCAUAUAGUGAUUCUUGUACCAUGUUGAGUGGGAAAUUAGUACCACCAGAUGAACCUCAGAGUCUAGUAGGACUAUAUUGGGGCUUCGUAGUAAGAGAAGCUGAGAGUUAUGAAGGCGUAUUUUCUGACUGUCCAUUUAGCACAGAUGGGAAGUACGACUACACGAUUGGUACGAGCGAGCGGGGUGAUAUAUAUCCGAAGGAUGUGUCAGUACCUCAUUUCCAGCAUAUGUUGAUGGUUCUUGGUCCCAUUAAAGGUUUGGAAAGCAUAAAAGAAAACCCCCGUGAAGACUUAGAUGCCUAUGUUAAUUUUUGCCCCAAUCAGAGAUCCAGAACAAUACGUACCGAAGAAGCGCUAACCAUAUGUUUAUCGCAAUUUUUCGCACAUUACUCUAUUUAAUGUCAGAG